AUGGGAAAGCUGGCAGCCAGCCGACGGAGGACCUCCGUACGGGCUUCUCGAGAGAAGGGCACUGCUCAUUCUUCAGGGCCUAGCGCCGCUGACGCGCACUUGAGUCUGCUAGAGCUGGAGCUGCAAGAGCUACUUAGCACUGUCCGCUGCCCCUGUCCAAGGGCAGAAUCGGCCGAAGGAAGCUCCUCUGCAGCCGUCCUCUCUGAAUUCAUUGCUUUCUUGAAACACUUCCUGCUCCAGUCGUUCCGCCCGGUACGUGUCUCGUUAGUUGAGGGAUCGGCGACAGCGGAAGCUCUCGCAGGGAAACUUCGUUCUCAGAGGGCCACUAGUCUCUUUGGGCGGUUGCCUGGCAACGCGAACGCAACAGCAACAGUAUGGGAAGCCACUAGGCCCUCCAAGGUCGAGCUUAUAGGCAGCUGUGGAGCAGGACUAGGUCCACCCGGAUUUUCGCGAAACGUGGACUUGGCAUUCGAGCUACCCGAGGCCGCCCUGGACAGGCGAGAUUACCUGAAUUACAGGUACCUUGCGAAGCGCGCAGCCUACGUUGAUGCAGUUCACGCACAACUGGUAGCCGAACUGGCGUCGUCGUCCACAGACCUUUCCGAGCGAUGGUGUUGGGCGAAAGCUUGCAGGAACGCGCUGCGGGUGGAGGCAGCUGUUUUGCCGUGGCGUUUUGAUGCCACGAAGUCCUUCAUCAGCCUCAGAUUCGUCCCCUACGACGCAGGCAGCAACAACAGCCCGGAGGCGGGCGCUGCAGAGGAUGCCUGCGAAAGAGUUUCAAAGCGUCUGCUGCGGCAGCUGCAGACCUGGGAAAUUCGCAUGUUUCCCUGCUGCCCCGGCGGGCUGUUUAAAGAGAAAUUCCUAAGGCCUGGCGCGAAUGCCGUGCGGCACAGAACAAUUGCCACGCGGAGCCUCAAGGGGCCUUCUGCAGGGGCGGAAGAAACGCUUACAGAAGCUCAAGUGAAGGCGCUUCCCCCGACGCCGUAUUACAACGCCCUCGUUCUGGAAGAUACUCGGCUGCUCUGCCACGCAAAGAUGCUUCGAGAUUGCACCGCGGAAUUUACUGCCUUUGCUGAUGCGGUUCUCCUCCUAAAGGCAUGGGCUAAGCGGCGAGCUCUGCUGGCCUCAGGAGCGCCUCCCUUCAAUCCCGCCUCAGGCGUCUGCGGCUUCACGCUGUCUCUGGUACUCGGACAUAUUUGCCGGGCGUCUGGGGGUGCAGCGCGGGUGGCGUCUCCGGUGCAGCUCCUUCGCAUGGCGCUGUCGUUCCUGGCCUCGGCCGACUUUAGAGAGCACUAUUACUGCUUUGGCGAGGAAGCAGCGACCCCCAAGGCUGAGCUGUCAGAGGCCGCGAGAGCGCAACUGGAAGCCGCUGUGCAGGCUAGAAACGAUGCUGCGGACGCCACGGCAGGCUUAGCGAACGCGGAGGAUGCCCCUGUAGCCACGCAGCAAUCGGCCCGUCUGGAACUGUGUGUUGGGUUUGUGGAAGACGCUAUUCUCUUUGAUUCUCAGGAUAAGGCGUUCAACAUCUUGUGGCGCGCGCAGCUGCACAUACAGGAGCUGCAGCAGGAGGCGCGCAGCAGCUUGGCCGCGCUGCAAUCCCUGGAGGAUCCUUUCAUGGCGCUGUUUGGAGAUCAGCAGGAAGAGCUGUUGCUCAAGUCGGACAUGUGGGUUAGACUGCCGUCGCUGCCGCCCCGUGGCGAAGCCUAUCACCUGGAAACGUCUUUUCCAGUGGCCAACUACGAGCCUGCAGUGCCGAAUCAGCGUUACCACGGCCAAGGGGGGUCCGUGGAGGAUGAAGGGAUGCCCACCGAGAAGGCCGCACACAUCGAUCCCCCUAAGUGGGAGACAGGCGUGGCGUUUCUGGGAGCUGCAACUAUCGGCCGGUUGUUGUUGCGAGGGCUGAGCGACCGGCUGCAGACUGUCCGCGUCCGCUUCCCACCGGCCAGCUCUACGAAGGAAUCUUUGCAGACGGGAGACUCGGCAGACACUUGCCCCGUGGGCCUGUUGGUUAGCGUAACACUGAACGGAAAGGCUUCAGCGCGGUUGCUGGACAGGGGGCCUCAGGUCGUGGAUACCUCGGAGGUGGUGUCAAGGACUCCACGCGCCGUAUCCACCGAAAGCUUCAAGCAAUUCUGGGGCUCCCGUUGCGACGUCCGGCGGUUUCAGGAUGGGCGUAUGCUGCAUUGUGUCUUGUGGGAAGCUUUUAAGGCCUCGGAGGGCCGUGUGGCUCUGGAGCUGGCAUCGGCCAAAACUGCAUGGUCGCAGUCUCCAUGUGCACAGAUCGCGCGCACUGUGUUGCAGCACCACGCAGAAGCUCUCUGUUCGUAUUCGGCUUCCUGGCCAAAGGCAGAGACAAAGACAAAGACCACGAGGCAGGCAGUGCCGUACCCGAAUCUGGAAAUAGACUGCAGCCCUCUGGGUGCUGUCGGGCCUUUGUCUGAAAGGCAGAAGGCUCUCAUCCGAGCGUUUGCCGAGCUAAAGAACGUGCUGUGUGCUCUGAGCUCUGUCCCGCUGACCAUCAAGCAAGUCUGGCACUCAGACGCUGCCUUGCGACACACCGAAGUCGUGGCGACAAACAUUUGGGAACCUGAGCAGGCACAGGGUGCUACACCCACCGUGCACUCCGUGGUGGUGCAGUUUGAAGAUUCGGGCAAGUGGCCAGUAGAGCGCCUGGCAGUUUGUCGGCUCAAGACGGCCUUCCUUGUUGCCAUGCAUGAAGAGCUGUUGCGGGAUUACUCCGUCUCCAGCGACGUGAUGGAUUCGCACCUAGAUGUUCACUUCCAGGGAUUCAUCUUUAGAAUUCGGAUUUUCCAUCCCAACGAAGUAAUGGAGGAAGCCAACAUCUUUACGGACUUCUCCCUUAAGCCCAUCACAUCGCAGCUAGCGAAGUCUUUGGGUGCAACUGGAGGCUCCGGCCGAAUGAGCACAACUGGCGGCAGUGGCACCAUCCGCGAGGAGAGGGGGGACGCUAAGAUGGCAUGUGAACUCCUGUUGCAAGAGGACGUCGCGCUAUUAUACGCAGCUAGUCCGCCGAUGCACCAGGAUUCUCUGAUGCAGCUACGCACCCUCUGGUGGGGGCCUCAGGUGUCGGCUCUUCUGCAUAGCGUGACACUCAAGCACACGGCCUUUGCAGGAGCGGUGCGCCUGGCCGUCUCAUGGCUUAGCUCUCAGCUGGUUGUGGGGGCGGUACACUUUGCGGAGCAUGUGAUGGUCUUCCUCUUCGUAGACUUCCUGAGCGCUGGGUACGGGGAUGCGCCACAAAGCCCGCAUGUGGCGUUCUUGCGUUUUCUUCAUUUUGUGAGCACCUUUGACUGGGAUCGGAAUGCGCUGGUGGUGACUUUCGAUGCCACCGCCCCGUUAGCAGAGGAGCAGCGCCAGAAAAUGCAAGUGUCUUUUGAGCACUUCCAUCAAUUUCCCGCAGUGCAAUCCCUACUAGAUCCCCAUGGCUUCAUCAUCCCGCGGCCAGAGCCCCCGUGUUUCCGCCGCUUACUUGGAUGUGCCCGAGAUGGCUACCAAAGGAUACUGGCUCUGAGCCUUGUUUCUGGGAGACGCUUGCAGGAUCCAACGUGGAACGGCCUCUUUGCCGCGGAUUUGAGUCAGUUUGACCUUAUCCUAAGGUUUCGAGACCCUCUGGCUUUGGCCCCCGCAGGGAGGGAGACCGCCCCUGCGCCGCAGAAGAAGCGACGCUUUGCAAAUUUGCAGUUCAAUGGGGAAUCACCGUCGUCCCCAAAAAACCCUCUCCUCGCCAGCCUUCUGCAGCAAGAAGCCGAUGCAGACAUUGCGAUGUACCUUGAAGCAGGGGGUCUAAGCCUUUCGGCUACUUCCCCAGAAACCUGCGCGGUCCUCGACGAUCUCUUCCGAAGAGCUGUGGGUACAAAGGCGUGCGCACGCCGCUAUUUAAUGCUGCGCUUCCUCCGAAAACUCUUCCAGGCCUUUCCGAAUACUUUUAUUCUGGGACUGGACUUCGUGCAAGCGCAGCAACUGGGAGGAGGCCUUCCGGCGAUAGCAGCCCUCAAGAUUCCCCCUGGAACGUUACUCUGCAGAGCCUUGCAGCCCACGGCCAGUUCUCCGAGCCUUCUUGUGUCCCCUUCCUGGGACUCUCAAGGGGCUUGUGUGGAGGCGGCUGCAGAGAAAGGGAAGCCAUCAGAAGCAGGUUCCUCGCCAGUAGUAGGAGAACGCUCCUUCAUGGCGAUUGUCAGCCCCGUUAUGCUCAUGGGAGGCAUCCGUGCUUUGGGAAGAGGUCUCGUGGAUGCUGUGCAGCGCACGUGA